AUGUCCCGGCCCAGCAGCAAAGCCAUCUACAUGCACCGGAAGGAGUACCUGCACAUCCUGGCCUCCGAGCCCGCCUGCCUGCAGCACCAGGUGGAGCACCUGAUGACGUGCAAGCUGGGCACGCAGGGGCUCCAGGAGCCCAAGGACGCCGUGCAGCGGCUGCAGGAGCUGGACGCGCAGGGCCGCGUGUGGAGCCAGAACCUGCUGCUGCAGGUCCGGGACGGCUGGCUCCAGCUGCUGGACAUCGAGACCAAGGAGGAGCUGGACUCCUACCGCCUGGACAGCAUCCAGGCCAUGGACGCGGUGCUCAACUCCUGCUCCUUCAAGUCCGUCCUGUCCAUCACCGUGCAGGGGGCAGGCCCGGCGGGCAGCAGCACGCUGCUCUUCCAGUGCCCGGAAGUGGGGGCGGAGCGGCUGAGGACCAGCCUGGAGAAGGCCCUGAAGGAGGAGCUGGAGCUCAGACCCCGAUUCGGAGUCCCUCUCCCCGGCCAGGACAGAUGGCGGGGGGCUCCUCUGGAAAGGCCACUCCCUAGGGAGCAGGCAGCCCCCCUAGAGUGGGGGCCCCCUCCAGAACAGCCCCCCUGGAGGGCCCCAGAGCGCAGCAAGCCGCCGUCCCCAUGGCCCCAGUCACGACACUCCAGCGUCCAAGAACCAAGCCCCGCCCCUCUGCCUCCUCCAAGGCGGCCCCCGACCCCCGAGGACCCAUCGAGGGACGAGGAACUGCUGAACCACGUCCUGAGCGACAUUGAGGUGUUCGUGCAGCCGCUGAGGCAGGCCCCGGCGGGCGGCAGCACGAAGAAGACGAAGAAGCAGGGGAGGAAGAAGAGCGUGGCUCAGGGGGGGAGGAUGCAGGCGCAGUACAUCGACUGCUUCCAGAAGUUCAAGUACAGUUUCAACCUCCUGGGGAGGCUGGCCGUCCACCUGUCGGAGCCCAGUGCCCCUGAGCUGCUGCACAUGAUCUUCCAGACUCUGCACUUCGUCCUGAAGCACUGCCCUGAGCCGGACCUCGCAGGCCAAGUGAUCUCACCCCUCCUCACCCCCAAAGCCGUCGACAUGCUCGAGUCCCACCUGAGCCCGCCUGACAGUAAACUCUGGAAAAGUCUGGGCCUGGCCUGGACCACCAGCCGGGACAACUGGACGGGCCCUGAGUCCCCGCCCUACCAACCCACGUUCCAUGACGGCUGGCAGCCUCCAGAACCUUCCAGCCAGACACCCUCAGGACGCCCGGACUCUGCUUCCCUCCGCACCCUGGGGGUCGGGGCGUGUCAGGUCAGGGAGCACCUCCCACUUGGCUCAAGAGGAGACACACCCCAUGGCCCUCUGUGCCGGGACCCUAACUUUGGACCCUUCCCCCCAAGGCCAGCUCAGCCAGCUCUGAGGAUGCAGGUCUUACAGGAGUUUAAAGCGAGAAACCCCAAGGAGCUGACCGUGGCCCCGGGAGAAGUGCUGGAGGUUCUGGACCACAGCAAGCGGUGGUGGCUGGUGAAGGACCAGAGGGGCCAGAGCGGCUACAUUCCCAGCAACAUCCUGGAGCCCCUGGAGUCGGGGUCCCCCAGGGGCCAGAGCCCGGCCCUUCGGGCACCGAUGCUGCGACUCAGCGCCAGGCCCGAGGAGGUCAGAGCCUGGCUGCAGGCAGAGAACUUCGCCCCUGGCACCGUGAACACCCUUGGGGCCCUGACGGGGUCGCAGCUGCUGUACCUGAGCCCUGGGGAGCUCCAGGCGAUGUGUCCGCAGGAUACCCCCCGGGUCGCGGCCCGGCUGGAGGCCACCAGAAGGAUGCUGGGGAUAAGCCCGUAG